UGACGGUUUGGGUGAACUUCGGGGGAGAUUAUCCGGGAAGAAAGUAAUCCUUCUUAAAGCUUAGAUGAGGUUCUAAUAUCUUCAAAAUAUUUUAAAGCUAGUUAUCUGCAAAAGCUGACAGCAGUCCCUCAGACUCUGCCUGUAAAGAGACUGACGGGAUGACGGCCCCCGACCCCCAAGAGUCCUGCGUGCGCGAUCACACCACUGUCGGCUACGUCCUGGCGGUGUGCUACUCCGUCAUCUUUGUCCUGGGUCUAAUUGGGAACGUGGUGGCUCUGUGGGCUUUCUUCCGAGUUGACAGCAAGCGCAACUCGGUGUGGGUGUUCCUCAUCAACCUGGCGUUGGCCGACCUGCUGCUGAUAUUCUGUCUGCCCUUCAGGAUCUUCUUCCACAGCGAAGGGAACCGCUGGAUGCUGGGAGCCACGCUGUGUACUGUUGUCACCUACAUCUUCUACAUGAACAUGUACAUGAGCAUCACCCUGCUGGGGCUGAUCAGCGUCAAUCGCUACAUGAAGAUCCACCAGGGGAUUCGGAGCCAUAACAGGCUGCUGUCCACCAGGUGGAGCGUCGUCAUCUGCGUGGGGCUCUGGAUCGUGGCCGUGGUCAUGGAUGUGGUCUUUAUCGCAACGAGUUCAACACAGAGCCACAAGUGUUACCAGUACAAACAGCUCCAAAACACCAAGUGGAAGGCGUACGUCAACAUGUUUCUGCUGGCGCUCUACUGGCUGGCGUUCAUCUCCCUGGUGGUCUCGCACGUGACGAUCCACCGCAAGCUGCGGAACGCCACGCACACGCCCAACGCUCGGUGCUACUCGCGAACGGCAUGGAAGUCUCUCUUCAUCCUCUUCGUCUUCACCAUCUGCUCGGCGCCUUACCACGUGAUCCAAGCAUUCUACAUCAGAACCCAGAUCACGGAGGCCUCCUGCUACUGGAGGAAUGCGGUCAAUCUGGUGGUGGAGUCCACGCUGCUCCUCUCGUCCCUCAACGCCUGCCUGGAUCCCAUCAUGUACUUCAUAUUGGCAUCCUCCAUGAGGAAGGAGGUGUGGCGGAUAACGAGCAUUGUGUUCGGUGUCAAGGAAGCUCCGGGAUUGAGCUCUAGCAGCUCCUCCAUAGAACUGGAGGAGAAAACUGCAAAGGCUGACGGUAAAAAAAACAUCCCAGCUACUUUGCAAUAGUUUGGUCAGCUAUAUUUUGUUGAUUCAUGGUUUUUACUAUUAGUUAAGCCAUCCGUUCAUUUUCUACGCUGUGUAAGUCAGCUACGUGAACUACUACACUAACCAAAGGUCCCUGUGCACAAUUCCCAUUUAUUUUCAAAUGCUUCAGUUGAGGCAAAUCAACAUACUUGCCAACCUUGAGACCUCCAAAUUAAGGAGUAUAUAUAUAGCCACCA